UGCGGAGAUUUAUUGCGCUGGUAGUUGCACAGCUUUCGGGGACGCGUCCUUGAAAUACUCUUAAAUCGUAGUAUCGCGUUCUCUACAUCACUUACAGUAUUAAAGUCGCAUUAAACUUUGUAAGCCAACCUCCACCAUGUCAACAACUCUCCAAACGAUCAAAAUCUUCUUUGCUUCUUUUGCAGACUACACUCUCUGGGACUUGGAGCUUCCUCACGACAGCAUCUCCUGGCACCGCGAUCUAUCCACAUAGUCGAACCAAGAUGCACAAACCUUCCUCUUCCUCCACGAUAGUGGCCAACACCCGACUCAUAGACCGACUACCUGAUGCGAAAAACCCGCUCGAGAUGCAAAUCCUCAUCCUCGGCAUGCCCCGAACGGGCAUAUCCUCUCUGUGCCUUAGCCUGAACAUCCUCGGCUACAAGACCUUCCACGGCUCCAUGAUGAACCUGAUCCCAUCCGUUUGCCCCUCCUGGCAAGAAGCUCUCACUGCACAUUACAAUGGAGGUAUCGAACGCCACGGUCAUCGAGAAUGCGAAAAACUACUCAGAGAUUACAACGUCUCGUGCAAUCACCCCGACACGUGUGUGUGGGAAGAUCUGGUGAAAGCAUAUCCGAAAGCGAAGAUUAUUCUGACGAAUAGCAAUCCCGAUAAAUGGAUGAGGUUGGCACAAGAGCCUGCGGACGAGGGUAUCAAGUGGAAGUCGUUGUGGGGUUGGGUUGCGCCGUGGGAUCCGGUACCACGUGCAUGGUGGAAAUAUCACAAGUUGCAGCCAAAAUUCCAAAAGACAGUUUCUCCAAAUGGGAAGAGACAAACUAACCCUGGCCAAUACGAGAGUAUAAGGAAGGCCGUGCCUAAGGAGAGGUUGUUAGAAUUCGAUGUGAAGAACGGUUGGCAGCCGCUGUGCGAAUUCUUAGGGAAGGGGGUUCCGCGAGAGGAUUUCCCGCAUGUGAAUGAUCGGGAGGGUUUUACGAUGGCAAGGACGCAGAGGUGGUGGAGGGCUUUUCAUUCCAUGGUGUCGACGCUGCUCCCGUCGCUUGCAAUGUGUGUAGGUGGGGCUUUGGGAUGGUGGGUUGCGAGAUUUUGA